AAGCCAGCCCAGUGACCGUGCGAGCGCUCAGGUCGAGGUCGAACCGGGGUGAGGAAAUGGCGGGCGCGACCUUCCUCUCCGCUCCCGCGCUGCUCGGCCUCCCUUCCGUCUCGUCGCCGGCGCGCAGGCACGCGCACGUUCAGGUGUGCUGCCAGGCCAAAGCCGGCGGCUCCGAGGAUGCCGCCGCUUGCCAAGAGGCUCCCCGGUUCCACAGAAGGGAUCUGAUCGGCGGCUGCUUCGGCGCCGCCGUUGGCUUGGAAAUCGCCGAGGCCUCGACGAGGUCCACGGGAGUGGCUGCUGCGGCUGACCUGAUCGAACGCCGGCAGCGCUCCGAGUUCCAGUCAAGCAUCAAAAGCACCCUCACAGCAGCCAUAGAGGCAAAGCCGGAGCUCGUCCCAUCUUUGUUGACCUUGGCACUGAAUGAUGCUAUGACAUAUGACAAGGCAACAAAGACAGGAGGCCCAAAUGGAUCCAUCAGGCUAAGUGCAGAAAUAAGCAGACCUGAAAACAGUGGCCUUUCUGCUGCCUUGGAUCUGCUAGUAGAAGCAAAGAAAGAGAUUGAUUCCUACUCCAAGGGAGGCCCCAUUUCAUUUGCAGAUUUGGUCCAAAUAGGAGCAUCACAGGCACUUAAGAAAACGUUCCUUGAUGCGGCCAUUGCCAAGACCGGUGGGAACCAAGAGAAGGGAAGGACCCUGUACUCGGCAUACGGUUCAAGUGGGCAGUGGGGUUUCUUCGACAAAAUAUUCGGGCGAGAUGAUGUGCAAGAGCCUGAUCCGGAGGGCAGGGUGCCACAGUGGAGCACCGCUUCCGUGCAGGAAAUGAAGGACAAGUUCAUCUCCGUUGGUCUCGGUCCUCGUCAGGUUGCUGUGAUGUCGGCCUUCUUCGGACCUGACCAAGCUGCCACAGAGGCGAAACUGAUCGUUGAUCCGGACUGCCGUCCGUGGGUCGAGAAGUACCAACGCAGUCGUGAGACAGUCUCCCGGACCGACUACGAGGUAGAUCUGAUAACCACGGUCACCAAGUUGAGCUACCUGGGCCAGAAGAUAAACUACGAGGCCUACACAUACCCCAAGCAAAAGAUUAACUUGGGUAACCUGAAGCUGUGAUUGAUGAUUGCUCUGGGUGUUUCUGUGAGCAAUGGCGUCAUUCGAGAAUUGAGAGCUCCAUCCAUCUGGUACUGUUGGGUGUCUACGGGGAGCAGGUUUCAUUUGGGAGGAGAGAUUCAUGUUUUGGCUGUGUCUUUGUGUAUUUUUAGAAAAAGAAAUAGAAAUAUAUAUAUUGCCUCUGGCCUCAGUAUCA